AUGGGGAUAUCUUCGGUCCUCAUCGGCGCACUCUCCAAAAUGUCGAUUCGGUCUCCAACCGAGAUUCAGGCUGCUUGUGUGCCACCUUUAUUGCAAGGCGAGGAUUGCAUAGGGAAUGCGAAGACUGGCUCGGGAAAGACAAUAGCCUUCGCCCUUCCUAUCCUUCAAAAGUUGUCGCUCGACCCUUAUGGCAUCUUUGCGUUGGUCUUGACACCAACAAGAGAACUGGCUUUCCAAAUAGCCGACCAGUUCGCAGUCCUUGGUGCAUCUCUAAAUCUACGGACAGCGGUGGUCGUAGGAGGGAUGGACAUGAUGGCGCAGGCUCUGGAGCUCGGGCAAAGGCCACACGUCGUCGUCGCCACUCCAGGGCGGAUCGUAGACCUCCUGAGAAGCUGUUCUGGAGAGUGGGAUCUGUCAAGAGUCAAGUUUCUGGUGCUUGAUGAAGCGGACCGCUUGCUCACCGAAUCAUUCGCGCCCGAGCUCUCGUAUCUGUUCGAAGUGCUGCCGAAAGAACGACAAACCUCCCUCUUCACGGCUACGUUGACACCGGCGGUGGAACGAAUAGCAGAAGCUCCUCCAAAAUCUGGAAAGCAGAAAGCAUUCAUCCACAGGAUGUCUACUACCGUCGAGACGGUGGAUACCCUCAAGCAGCACUACAUCCUCGUCCCCUCCCAUGUCCGGGAAUCCUACCUCUACUACCUCCUCUGCAACCCUCCCGAGUCCAUUCUCCACCUCCGUGUCGCCCCGCCCGAGCCCUCCAAGCCCUCCAAACACAAACCCUCCAAAAAAUCCAAGUCCAGAAAAUCCUCCUCCUCCUCCGAUGACGCCCCGCCCCAGCCCCCGCCCACGAUCGUCUUCUGCACGCGCCCGCGCACCGCCGCGUUCCUCACCGCGCUCCUCCAGAGCCUCCGCAUCCGCACCGCGGCGCUGCACUCGCGCCUGCCGCAGCGCGCGCGCCUCGCCUCGCUCGCGCUCUUCCGCGCCGGCGCCGUCCCCGUGCUCGUCGCGACGGACGUCGGCGCGCGCGGGCUCGACGUCCCCGCUGUCGCGCUCGUCGUCAACUGGGACGUGCCCGCCGGCGCGGAGGAGUACACGCACCGCGUCGGCCGCACCGCGCGCGCGGGCCGCGGCGGCGUCGCGGUCAGCUUCGUCACCGAGCGCGACGAGGAGCGCGUGCUCGCCGUCGAGGGGCGCAUCGGCACGAAGCUGGAAGAGAUGACGCUGCCCGAGAGCAAGGUGCUCGAGCACCUCAACGCGGUCUCGACCGCGAAGCGGCUCGCGAACAUGGAGCUGCACGACUCGGACUUCGGCCGGCGCGAGGAGGUGCACAGACUCAAGAACGCUAGGCGCGCCGCGGACCUCGGGCUCGAGCGUGGCCCGUCCACCGAGUACGCGUCCGCGGUGCUCUGA